UGCUCCGCGCCGCCCGCUUUGUGUUGUCAGGCAGAGAAAGACGCACCAUUCAGGGUGGCGUGUGUCCUGGUACGCGGACACCGAGUCGGCGCGGAGGCUUUAGUAAUAUCUAGUUAUUUUCCUAUCUCUUCUUCAACAAUCGGCUAAUAUUUCUAAAUUUUGGUACAAUGUCGGUGGGAGUGGAGUCUGGAUUCUCGAGUGAGGAGGUCUUAAACAGCCGCUUCCCUCUCCAUCGGGCUUGCAGGGAUGGAGACGUCGGUGCCUUGUGCUCCCUCCUUCAGUGCACAUCAAACCCGGCCGACCUCACGGUGGAGGACACUUUCUACGGCUGGACGCCGAUACACUGGGCUGCUCACUUCGGAAAGCUGGAGUGUGUGAUGCGUCUGGUUCAGGUGGGCUGUGGUGUGAACGCCAUGACCUCCAGGUUUGCACAGACGCCCACUCACAUUGCUGCUUUUGGGGGCCACCCUGAGUGUUUGUUAUGGUUGCUUCAAGCUGGUGCAGAUAUUAACAAACAGGACUAUGUGGGCGAGACGCCCAUCCACAAGGCUGCUCGCGCGGGCAGCCUGGAGUGUAUCAACACUCUCUUGAUUCAGGGAGCGAAAGCUGAUAUGAGGAAUGCCAAUGGGCUGACUGCUGCUGACCUGGCCCACGCGCAGGGAUUCCAGGAGUGCGCUGAAACACUCUCCAAUGCCCAGAACUUCCAACAAAACAUGGCUCAGUCCCAUAACGGGGUUUUUCUGAAUGGCAUGAGCCAGAAUGGGUGCCAUGCUUACCCCACCAUCCAGGGACGCAGCUUCUUGAAUGGCGUGCCUAACAGAAAGAGAUCUUUUGAAGGCAUGGAAGCAAACCCAGGAAAGAAGGCUAGAACUAACGGUUUUUGCGUGGAACCCAAAUUGCUUAAUGGGAAUGGGCCACUAGAUGGAGCUGGAGAUGCAGAGAUGGAGGGCAUGAACAUGGAGUUGGCAGCGACUGUAACAUCAGGUGGGCCAGGAACCUUUGCAUUUGGGCUGAAUGGGGUUGCACCACCACAAGGGCCGGGGCCCAUGGAUCAGUGUGAGGAGCAGGGGGGACCGGACAGGUCGAGCCCAACAGCUAAAGAGCUGGAGGUCAUCACUGUGGCGUCCAUGCAGACCCCCUGUCGCUGCACCAACUCUUACGCCUACUUGUAAAGGGCUUGUGUGUGAAAUGGCGCACUCUAAUGUUCCCAUUUGUAUUGUAUGUUUGUUUUUUGAGUAAUGCACAGAUAAAAAAAAUUCAUUUGUUUUGAUUUGGUGGAGCGCUUUCUUUGAAAGAUGUUUAGCAGUGUGAGUAUGUGUGUUGUAUUUUCUACUUUUCCAUGUACCUGAUUAUACUCGGAAAGAUAAAGGUAUUAAUAUUUCUUUGUUAUACAGAUAUGUAGUCGAUGCCUAUGUCCAGUUAUGCUAAUAGUUCUCACGUAAUCCUUACUUUUUAUUAGGUUUAUAAUAAAAGGGUGAUUUUGUUUUGCACAAUUAUACCACAUUGUUUGCAUCAUAAGUGCAAAUGUAGUUUAUAUUGGCUUUGCUAAAAAAAUAUUUAGCCGUCUUUUAUUUAUUAACACUUAUAAACGUAUGCAUUACUGGAAUAAGGAAACUUCAUUGGUCACCUGAUGUUGUGAACAUCAACCUUCUGCUACAAAUGCCAAAAAAAGUAAUGUUUCAGUUUUUUUUCCUUCAGUUUAAUAAAUUUUUAAAGCGGGAUUAAUAAAUAAAUAGCCUUGAUUUAAAAUAAUAUUUAAUAGGUGACAUUUAUGUAAAAUUGGUACUCUUUAAUAUAUACUGAAAGAAAAAGUCUCCAGAAGUUACACAUUUUAUAUUCAAGAAUAACUUUAUGCCAAAGCAUAUCUCAACAUGAAUGUAGCUUGUAAAAUUGACAUUAUUCACUGUGCAGCUUCCUUGGAGUUUCUAGAUGUCUUUUAGUAACAUUUACUGGUCCGUGUGUGUAGGAUUUGGUUAUCCCUCUUUUUCAUCUUGAUUAAUUGGUCUGAAGUGUGGCGAAUGUUUACACUGUGUGUGUGUGUGUGUGUGUGUGUGUGUGUGUGUGUGUGUGUGUGUGUGUGUUAGCGAAGUUUUAAGGCAACUAGCAAGGCUUGUAUAUGUGUAUGUUACGGAAUAAUACCCAGUAUGUUUUUGAAAUUGGUAACAGGCCAAUUUGGAAUCAGUCGUCGUGUACAAACAGUCCUGCUGAAAAGAGUUUGCAUGGUUUUCUACACUUUGCAAAAGGCCUUAUUUCUUAAGCUGCAUUGAAUAAUCAAAACAGUAACUUAAUGUACGUUGUUUUCAACUUUUAUAGACGCUAAGGAAAACUGUAUUUUGUAGUGCUUUUCCAUGUUGAAGGUGGUCUCUGUUUUUGUUUUACAUGGCAGAAGGUUUGAGUGUAUAUAUAGCCUUUGAAUCUGGGGCAUCCAGUGUUUUGAGUACUGAGCAGAUUUGGCUUUGUACUUGACUGCUUGGAAUCAUUAAAUGUGGAUAAAUUUUA